CGCGUGCACGGGAGUGUGUGAGUGAGGGAGGAGGGAAGCCAGGACGCGAUCGAGAGAGCUGAAGAGUUUUUAAUGUCCGCCAUGUUGCGAAUGGCGCACUGAGGCAGCGCGCGAGAGAGAAAAACACACACACCCGCCUCCGCUUUUUCUCGCCGGAUCUCUACUUCACCAACAUUUUUCCUCAUCCUUUACCUCCAUCCAUCCUCCUCCAUGAGAUCUGUGGCGGUUUUAUGGGUAAUUGUGAGGGGAUCGGAUAGAUUUAUACAGUAAAAUGAGUAAACUGUCGUUCAGGGCGCGGGCGCUGGACGCGCUCAAACCGCUGCCCGUCUUCCGCUGCGAGGAUCUGCCCGACCUGCACGAGUAUGCGUCCAUCAACCGCACCGUGCCGCAGAUGCCCACCGGCAUGGAGAAGGACGAGGAAUCGGAACACCAUCUCCAGAGGGCGAUCUCCGCCCAGCAGGUGUACGGAGAGAAGAGGGAGAGCAUGGUGAUUCCCGUCCCAGAGGCGGAGAGCAACAUCGCCUACUACGACUCGCUCUACCCUGGAGACUUCAAGAUGCCAAAGCAGCUCAUUCACAUACAGCCUUUCAGUCUGGACGCAGAACAGCCGGACUAUGAUCUGGACUCGGAGGAUGAGGUUUUUGUGAAUAAGCUAAAGAAGAAGCUGGAGGUGGGAGCGCUGCAGUUCGAGGAGAUGAUUGACAGAUUGGAGAAAGGCAGCGGACAGCAGCUGGUGACCCUACAGGAAGCGAAGCUGUUACUAAAAGAGGAUGAUGAUCUGAUCAGGGACGUGUUCGAGUACUGGAGCAGGAAGAGGAAAAUGAGUAAAAGCGGAUCCCUCAUUCCGACCAUCAAACAGGAGAAGCGUGACGGAUCCAGCACCAACGACCCGUAUGUGGCCUUCAGGCGGCGGACCGAGAAGAUGCAGACAAGAAAGAACCGUAAGAAUGACGAGGCAUCGUAUGAAAAGAUGCUCAAACUUAGAAGGGACCUGAGUCGCGCCGUCACCGUUUUGGAGAUGAUCAAGAAACGAGAGAAGAGUAAGAGAGAGCUGCUGCACCUCACGCUGGAGAUUGUGGAGAAGAGAAACACUAUGCCAGACCUCGGCUCGGAGGUGAUGGCGGAAGCGCUAGCGAUGGCAAAACCUGUUUACAAGAUUCCCAUAAUGCCCUUCUCUAGCAACAGUCAGUACCGCCACCAGGACCCUAUGGACUUUAAAGACUACAAGACCAAGCCUGAAAAAACAGAAGUGGUCAGAACCAAAAGGAAAUACGAGAAGAAGCCCAAAAUGCCACCUCUCUCUGCCCCCUUGCAUACUGGCCCCUCCCUGUUUAACCCUAAAGACCUCAACCAGUACGACUUUCCCAGCUCAGACGAGGAGCCCUUUUCACAGAUGCAUUCUGGGUCAUCAGAGGCAGAGGAAGAAAACGAGCCUGAUGGAGCGUUUGCCUUCAGGAGGAAAGCCGGAUGCGUAUAUCACGCCGCCCGUUUGGAUCAGAGCGGCAGCUGGCCCUGGUGCAGCGAAACAGAAGGAGGAUCAUGUAACCCGCGGUUCCGGUACUCCCUCACCACUCUCAACGUUCCCUGCCGCUGUGUCGGGUUGGCACGGCGACGGUUGGGACGAGGCGGCAGGGUUCUCCUGGACCGAGCUUACUCGGAUUUGGACGGCGUAUUUCAAAAUCUCGAUCCGGAAUUUUCCUUACCUGCUGCUUCUGUACGUUUGGAAACCACUUCCCAGACUAUUACCUCAAGCCACGCAUCAUCUUCUCAGCCCGCACCUUCGUCUUCGCUUCCUGCUUAUUCAGACAUGAGACAGAUCCUUAGAAACAUCAAAGCAUGCCGCUGGAGGCACUUUAAACCGCGGACACUAACCAGCCAAUCAGGCGCAGGGGAUGCGCUGUCACGGAAACAGUUUAAGGGUUUUGUAAGAGGCGUGAUGGGUGCCAAUACGCAGGGAAGAGCAGCUGGACCACCACCUGUAGUGUUUACUGCAGAUCAGUACCAACAGCAUCAGGAACAGCUGGCCCUCAUGCAGAAACAACAGCUGGAGCAGAUACAGGCCAACGACACGCUCUCCAACAAGUCUCUGGUGUCCAAGACGUUGGACUCGGUCAGCGCCCAGUUUGCCGCCUCUGCCCUCAUGACCUGUGACCAGUUGUUGACCCUAAAGGUCAAAGAAGAUGGCGUUGUGGGAAGUGGAGUCAACGGGGUCAUCCUGGCUUCAGGAGUUAACAAGGGGUUCAGUAUCUCCACUACAUCCUCUGCUUUUGCCCUCAAUAGCCAACUAACUUCCACCGCUGCCCCACCCACCUUUCUUUCUGCCAACUCUAACGCAAGCCCUGCCCACACAGUCCACAACCCCAUAGGCAACCACGGUAACAACACGGCCAACUCCACCUCUCAGGUCCUGAUUGGCAACAACUUGCGUCUCAGCGUGACCACACCCUCUAUCGCCAGUCUGAACGCCCGUCACCUUCCCAGAAGUCAUAGCAAUGUGCCACCCGCUGCCUUGAAGCUCGCUGCCGCCAGCAACUGUCAGCUCCCCAAAAUCAACACUGGGGAGAAUCACGAACAGGAAAAGCUCAACAGUAUAGCAGAUAACACAGUGGCCAUGGAGGUGACGUAGUGACCGUUGCCUGGGCGACGUUCUCCCUCCGCCCAGUCCAGUCUUCUGGUGCUGUGCACCAACCGGGUUUGGGGAAGCAAAAGGACAGUGGGUUUCCAAGACAAAUUUCAUCUCGUAAUUUUUUUUUCUUAUGGCCCCUUUUUUAUUCUGUUACCCUUUUAAAAAAGUAUACUUUGUUUCUGUUCAGAAAAGUGACAUGUAAAAUAUGAAUACGGCAAAUAUUCAAUGUACAGAAACUACAUAUUUGUAAAACUCCCCACCACCACCCUUGUAUAUACGCUACUUGAAUACCGAACUGUUGAGUUGUGAUGUUUUGCACUUGGGGAAUCAAUAUAGAAAAGUAAACGGGAAGGGGUGGGUCGGGCUGAAAUUGAGCCGUGAGGUCGGCGGGCAAAGAGUGUGUGACAGGUUAUGUGCAUGGUGGGGAAACCUGCUGUUCUGCCUAUUUAUUGUGCCGUGUUUACAGAUUUUUUUUUUUUUCUCCCGUUUUUUUUCGUACACUGUGUCGGUUGUUUUCUGUGAUGUUAUAAGUGUUUCGAUAGCUGGCGAUAACUAACUAAAUUCCCCCUACGGCUUUUCAGUUCAGCUGAUUCACUCUUCGUGAUUCGGGUUGAACGUUAAUGGUGUCGUGCAUAUUUUUGUUUGUUUGUUUGUUUUUGCCCUUCUCUUCUAGGAGGGAUGGGGUUGAUGCUCUUUGGGUUCAGGGGAGGCAAAUUUAUGGCCGUGGUUAUAGGAAUCUUUCAUUUUUAUCAUCCCAAAUAUUAACAAAACGAGGGUUAGAGUCUUCUCGUGGGAGCUUCCAUAGCUUCCUUAUCAACUAAGCACUAUUGUUUUUGAUAUUUUUUUGUUUUAUUUUUGUAUAAAUUCCGUGUCUGUUAAUUCAUACAAUGGUCGUCCCCAUUUUUAUUUCUUUGUACGACAGAGAGUUAUUUUUGUAUCAUCAUGAGUUUGUUUUUUUUGUUCUUGUGGUGAAGCGUCCUUAGCGCUUCGUCAACAAAAGACUUUUGGUUGCUUGUUGAUAAAUCACACACGCGACGGCCAAUAAAUGUCCACCGCCGCUGCAUCCAAGUCAUCAUUCCGGUUCAAUAGCAGGAGGUAGAAACGUGACGAACAACCGCCGUCAUCUUGUCCUCCUCUAAAUGUUACCCAGCAGACUCUGGACUAUUUCAAGGCCUGAAAAACCACAAGUUAAAGGUUGUGCCUUCCUUUGGGAAUGUCCUGCUCAGUCUCUUCCGUGAAGAGGAUGCUCCGGAUCAAGACCGCUGUAAUGCGGUACGCACUUGUCCCGAGCUCGGAUCUCCGAUGCCCAGUCCACUGGCUGAACUGAUUCCUCCUCCAGGGUUUUUUUGGUCUGAUCUGGAGGGAGGCAAAAAAAUCAAAUAAAAAUAUGGAAAGUAUAAAACAAAAUUAUUGAAUAAGUGAAAAAAGAUAUGUGACAAUUCAAACAUAAAUCAGACAAUAAAGCCCAGGGUAUUAUAUGUGAA